UUUCUUCGUAUCUGCCUCCUGGUUUACGCCGGCACUAUAACGCGAUCAGUGUCUGCGCCACCAUCCAUUCAGUUAAACAAUCGUCUCCAAUCUCCUUUCUCAGCUGCGAUUAAGUUUCUUCAAGUCCUUCCCCGCUAUCUUUGGAUAUUAGCUUUCAGCUUUCAGCUUUCAGUUUUCAGUUUUCACAUUUAUUUCCUAAGUGCUUUCAGCUUUUGAAAUGAUGAUGCUGGUGGACUGCUCAAACUGCCGCAUUCCGCUGCAGCUCCCGCCGGGGGCCCGGGCAAUCCGCUGCUCGGUCUGUCACGCCGUCACCCGGAUCGCGGAUCCCCGGGCUGUCCCUACGCCGGCGUACUCGUCUACCCAAAGCCACCACGCUGUGCCGCCGGCUCCUCCGGUUCCGUCUCCGUACGGGCAGAUGCCGGCGGGGCAGCCGGCGGGGGUCCACGGCAGGAAGAAGGCGUUGGUGUGCGGCGUGUCGUACACCAGCUCGCGGUAUGAGCUGAAGGGGUGUGUGAACGAUGCCAAGUGUAUGAAGUAUUUGCUGGUGAAUCGGUUCAAGUUUCCCGAGGCUUCCGUUCUCAUGCUUACUGAAGAAGAAAUCGAUCCUUACAAGAAGCCAACCAAACACAACAUGAGAAUGGCAAUGUUUUGGCUAGUACAAGGGUGUCAACCAGGAGACUCCCUGGUGUUCCAUUUUUCUGGUCAUGGUUCGCAACAGAGAAACUACACUGGAGAUGAGGUAGAUGGAUAUGAUGAGACACUUUGCCCCUUGGACUUUGAAACUCAGGGAAUGAUUGUCGAUGAUGAAAUCAAUGCAGCAAUUGUUAGGCCUCUUCCUCAUGGAGUUAAGCUUCAUGCAAUCAUUGAUGCAUGCCAUAGUGGCACUGUGUUAGAUUUACCAUUCCUCUGUAGAAUGAACAGGAGCGGACAGUAUAUAUGGGAGGACCAUCGCCCCCCAUCAGGUAUAUGGAAAGGAACAAGUGGUGGGGAGGUCAUUUCCUUUAGCGGCUGUGAUGAUAAUCAAACCUCUGCUGAUACGUCGGCUCUAUCAAAGAUCACUUCAACAGGUGCAAUGACUUAUUCUUUCAUCCAAGCAAUAGAGGUUGGAAAUGCAACUACAUAUGGGAACAUGCUAAAUUCAAUGCGAUCAACCAUCCGUAAUACAGACAAUCUUGGGGGUGGUGUUGUGACAUCUCUUCUCACCAUGCUUUUGACAGGACAGAGUCUUAGUGGUGGGUUGAGGCAGGAACCACAACUAACUGCCAACGAACCAUUUGACGUGUACUCAAAGCCUUUCAUCCUCUGAUUGAGAGAGCUCAAUUGCUCAAUGCUCCAUCCUGUGGCUUGUUUAAGUGUACAGUUGCUGAGAAAAGCCAUUGCCCACAAUCCUUUCUGUCAGUAAACUAUUGUUGUAUCUUCUUGCAAUCAUGGGAAACAUUAGGCAUGGCUUUGGAAUUCCCCUUCCUAAUAUGAUUGUCAGCUUGAGUUAUUUUCUUGCAGAUCAUAUGUUCUGAUACCAGGUUAUAUAUCAUGAGGCUAAGCUAAGAUUUGAUCUACUUCCAACUUAGUUCUUGUCAGGAAAUCAACUAGAUAGUUUUUA